AUGUCGACCAUUUCGAAGCCAUGGCCUUCGGGUGUGAGCCCUCCUCUUACGACGGAUAAUGACCAUAACCAUAGUGGACUGGUUGUGGUUAUCACAGCGGUCAACUUGUGUCUGGUUUUACUUUCUCUCGCAGGGCGCACCUUCUCUUCGUACCACAGGAAUAGCCUGCAGCGAGAUGAUUACACAUUUGGGGCUCUCGUGCUUGCAGCAAUUGUCCAGAUUGCAAUCGUGUUUUGCCAGGUCCACUAUGGGUGGGGGACUCCGAUCGACGACAUCGAGACCACAAGCAAAGAGCAAAUGUUGAAGAUAGUAUACGCUGCCGACAUCUUCUCCAUUAUUGUGCUCGGCCUUUCAAAGAUGACAGCCUGCAUGUUCUAUGCCGGCCUAUUCUCCCAGAUACAACGUCGAAUUUCCUAUGUUAUUCUUCUGGUAAUGGUCGCGUGGACAAUAAUAUCCGCGUUCCUGUUGGGGAUUCGGUGUUCUUCUAAUCCCUGGUCCGAAAUCAGUGCCGCUGAGUGCAGUGGAUUGCGUUCCCGCUGGGAAGUCAUCACAGCCCUCGACAUUUCUACUGAGAUUUUACUUCUUGUGUAUGCGGCACUUGCAAUCCAUAAAGUUAGGAUCUCGACAAAGAAAAAGAUCGUCGUGUUUUGCGCUCUCGAGAGUCGGAUAUUGCUCAUCCCCAUCGCGGCAGUUCGUCUGCACUUCAUCCUGGUCCAACUCUCCUCGGAAGAUCCAUCUCUCCUCGGGUCCUUCGCCACGGUCUCAACGGAGAUAUACAUAGGGCUAAGUGCCAUCUGCCUCUUGACGGCCUUUCUCAAGUCUUUCGUUGCAGUCUACGAGGAUGAUAUGGGGAUAACAUAUACGUAUCGGGGGGCGUUGAAGUCUGAUUCUCGGUCGAGAACUGAGGAUACACCGUCUCACGGGCUCUCCCGUAGUGUGAGAACAGAGCGAAGAAUAAAGGGCUGGGAGCGAGAAGAAGACCCAAUCAUCGAAUCACCUGAGCGUAUUCAAGGGUUACAAAUUAUGAAAACUGUACAGUUAAGCAUGCAAGACGAGUCUAUAGAGCUAUCAGAGCGAAGGGGAACUACAGGUGUCUAA